CUCUCUCUCUCUCUCUCUCUUUCUUAUCUGUAUUAUUACUGUUUCCCUCUUUCUCUAUUGAAGAUCUUUUGAGGUUGAGAUGGAUCAUGAGAAAAGGUGGCAUCACUGGGUACGACGAGUUGGAAGGCAGCAACGAGACUGCACUGAUUGAUAUGACGCCAUUUUACUAACCUUUUCGGCGCGGUUCGUGGUUGAUCACGGAUAGUAAAACAUUUUGUAUUAUCAUUUACGAGCGUUAUCGCGAUAUCCGCGUACAGUCGAUCUCCCAUAUUUUUUGAGGAAAAACACGAAGAACGAAUUUGACCAGGACUGUACCGGGAAGUGAAAAGAGUCCGGGCUAGUGAUUCGAAGUAAAACCCUUUACAAGGAGUAAAAAAGUUACGCGCCGUUCUUUCUUCUACCAUUCGACCUCGCCGACCGGUCACUCUCGGAUUCUACGUCUUCAUAAACUUCUAAUAAUUCGUCAUCAUUGUUUAGCUUAUGUGCUUCAUCUUUAAUGCGAGUUCGAUCAUUCUUUCGGCUUCAACACACCGGCCAAGGAGGGAAAAUUAAAGUAUGCAGCAUCAUGUAUGAGACUUCAUAAUGUUUUCAACGAAGAUCUACGAUGCACAGUUUACGUAUUUCGUAGUAAACGUUUGCGUUCUUAAAUUAAUGCAGGUAACAUUGUUCUAGCAGUCUGCAUUAUUAUGGAAGAUGAAGAUGGUGAGGGUAAAAUUAUGGACAUGUGGAGUAUUUUGGGAGAUCAACAGCUCAAAGAUCCAACAUUUGGCAAUACUUUAAAACAUUCUGUUGAUAACUUGUAUAUCGAUACAAUCGAAGAAGAGAAACGAAUAAAUAGAUAUAAUAUAGUAACUCCUAAAGACUCGCCAAGUAGGAAUACCAGUAGCGGAUCAAAAAGUGUGUUCAAAGGUUUUAAGAAACGUAUUUUGGCUCAAGCUCAGGAAACACAAUCGGUUGCAUCUAAAAGUUCUCCAGAGCAAGUAUCUCAUCCCAAUGUAUUAUCGAAAAUUACUAAAGAGAAAAGAAUAGAAAAUAAAAGGGGGAAGAUAACAGAGUAUGCUCAAUAUUUGGGUCUUCAACCUUCUUCAAAGUUAAAGUGUUCCAAGUGUUAUUCUUCAACAAAUUUGAAUUUAAAACAAAGUCAGUGUAUGUGUAAUACUGCCAUGGCACCGAUGCAAGGAUUACCGAGCACUUCUGAAGCAUCCUCUCAGUCACACUCUCCUAAUUUUAAAAUUGCAAGGAAAGUAUAUUUGUGUUCAGCUUGCGACACAUACUUUGAAAAUUGGAAUUUGUUUUUACAUAUGAGAGAUAAACAUAAACGUCAUAUAUGUCUGUUUUGCUUAGGAAUGUUUGGACAAGCAGAAAGGUUAUCUUAUCAUUUGUAUAAAACGCAUAGCAUACCACAUAUGGGAUUUAACACUGUCGAAGACUUUUACAGUGCUUUCAAAGGAUCAUGUUAUUUGAUUUGUUGUACUUGUGAAAAGAUGUUUUCUGAAACAGAUAAUUUCAGUAGCCACUACUGUUCUCCUUUGACUAAACAGGAAGAUACUACAAGUGUUUGCAAUUUAUUUCAAACAAGCUCACAUGCGAAGUCUUGUACACUAGCAGUUGAACCUAAUAAAGAUGCAAAUCUUACGGUACCUAUUACAACUAUGCAAACAGAAAUGGUAUCAACAAUUUCUAUUGAGAAACCAUCAAAUAUGAAUAAUAAAGGAACAUCAAAGAAAAUGAUUAAAAAUAAUAGAAAUAAAUAUGGAGAGAAAAGUAUAUCUAAUUCAUGUCAACAAAAUGCGAAAAAAGUUAACGCUAAAGUAGGGAUUACUCAAUCCAGCGAAAAUCAACUUUCUUCGGAUAGUACAGUAAUUAGAGAUAGAAAUGUACAAGAUGAGACAGUAGUUAAUAUAGCUAGAGAUACAGUAUUAGAAACAAUAAUGGAAGUAUCUAAAUGUAUUGAUGAAUCAUGCAUCAGCGAAAUAGAACAGAAAGAUCAUAUUCCUUCUGUAACAAAAAUAUCUCCAGAAAAAUCACAGACUCAAAAUAAUAAACAAAUAGAACCUUAUGAUAGUAUAACUCAAACAAUUAUGGAAGUUUCACGUUGUACAAAUGACACCGAAGAUGAUGAAGAUAUGCCAAACGAAAAUGCAAAUCAGUCUGAUGCAGCAGACAUAACUAAUAAGACAGAGUCGGAGACUGAAAAUAGCAUUCCUGUAGAACCCACAAUUAUAGAAGAAUCACAUGAAAUUAAUUCCGAAAAUCAAAUAAAAAAAGAAACAGAUACUGUUGAAAAAGGUGAAACGUUAGAAAUGUCAAAAACAAAAUUUGACUCAGAGUCUCACUCAUCAUCAAGUCCUGUUCAUAGUCCAAUUAGUAGAUCAUUGUUUAGUCCUCAACAUGAAUCGCAGCAGGAUCUCCAACCAAAGGAAGAGUAUCCUGAUGAUGGUAGUAAACACGUGGAGGCUGCGCCGCCUACAGAAUCUCAAACAUCAGUUUCGUUUAAUACUGCCCCAGUAUCUGAUAGAAGUUUAGUAAUUAAAAUUUGUACAAAUAAGAAUUCACAAUUUUCUGUAAGUUCGACGGCAAGUGUAGAAACUCAUAAUAUUAGUAGAGAUUCUGAAGAGAAUAACAAUGCAGAAGAAGAUUCAUCAUCAGAUGAAAAACUUUUAGGUUUUACUCAGAAAGAUAAAGUUAGUAUAGAAAGUAAUCAAAUAAACGAAGCUGAUAGCGAUUCCGAUAGUUAUAAAUUAGCUGUAGUAGAUAGUAAUGCAGAAGAUGAUAUUAAAGAAUUAGAUAAGCCUGAAGAUAAAGUAGAAGCUAAAGGAAGUACGGAAAUUAUAGGAAAUACUAAUACUUACGAAGAGAAAGAGGAAUUUGCAAUAGGUGAUAAUACAAAUGUUGAACUUAGCACAACAACAGAACAAUAUAAUAAUGAUGCGACAAAAGAUGUCAUAAAUUCGGAAUUAAUAUCUCAACCGAAUGAUGGAAUAAUCUUAGCUGGAGAAGAUGUCCCACCUAUAGACCUUAAUGUGGAAGGUACAUUAGAUAGUACAAAGUUAGAAGACUUAUUGAAAAAAUGUAUAGAAGCAGCCAGUCCAUUAUGUGUCUACUGCAAUCACGCACGCCAUAUAGCUGUCAAUGGAAAACAAUUAGGAUUACAUAUGUUAGCUGAACAUAAAUUUCAUCCGCAGCAUCCAGCUAUAAUCAUACAACCAGAGCAAUUUACAGUAAGAGUUAAAAAAUCACUUGAUGAACAGGAAACUAAUUUUUUCAAUCUUGACACGUACAGCAGCACAAAUGGUACCUAUAAUAUUCAAACUUUUAGGACAUACGAGUGUUUUCAUUGUAGAUAUAAUUCUACAAUACAUAAAGAACUAUAUUCUCACCACAGAAAAAUGCAUCAAAAAACAAUUUUAAUUUGUAUAAUGUGUAAAUCAACGUUUUAUAGUUACAGUGAAUUGUUGUGUCAUUUAUGUCCAGGCAUAUAUUUACCAAAUAUGAGUGUCAAGUAUAGAUGUUGUCUCUGUUCUAUUAGUAGUCUUCCAUCUGCAUUCAGAUUAAUGGUACAUCUGAGAAAGAGUCAUCAUGCUUGUGAUGUAUGUUUGGAGACUACUGGAAAUCAACAACGAUUGUCAAAUCAUGUAUGGAAACACAAACUUCAUCAUUUGUGUUAUCGAUGUGGUAUUGCAUAUAGAAAUAAACCUGACAUUACAAAACAUCUUUUCUGGAAGCAUGGUACUGAGAGUGUUUUAUGUAAAAAAUGUUUACAAAAGAAAUGGCCACAUAUUUAUCAUUUCUGUAUCCCACCUACAGUUUUUACUUGCGAAGAAUGUGGUUCCAGCUUUAGUCGAGCUGUAGCAUGGAAAGUUCAUAAGAGAUUACAUUCAGGAGAUCAACCAUAUAGUUGUAGCAAAUGUUCAAGUCGUUUUAUCUCGCGAAGGCUCUUAGCUAAACACGCAGAAAGUCAUAAAGAACCAGUAUUAAUAGAUGUCUGUACGGUAGAUGCGGCAAACAAUCAAAUUUUGGUUGACGAUGACAAAUGUGACAAAGAAAAAACAAGUAUCGUAGAUAUCACAUCAAACACCUCAAAUGAUACAAAAGAUGUGAAAGAGACUAUGAAAAAAGUAGUUGAUGUUUAUGAUUUACCGCCGCUCAAUUUAUCCUCAGAAAGUGAAAGCGAAAUGGAAGAUGCAAAGGAUGAUUCAAAAAAGAAUGAAGAAAGUGCAGAAAAAAAUGAAGUAAUAGAACAGAAGACAGAAGAAACAAUAUCACUUGCAACAUCUGUUAAAGUAGAAUCACCAGUACAAACAAACGAUAAUAUAGUGGAUGAAGAAGAAAAUGAAGAGGAAAAGAAACAAGAAGCGAAAAUAAUGGAUGGUAUUUGGGAUAAUUUCAAAACAUAUGCAGCUAGUUUAGAGAUGCAAGAGUCAGCAAAUCUAUCCAACAAAGAAACCGGACCUGAAAUAGAUGUUGCAUAUUUAAGGAGUAUAGUUUUGGCUGAUCAUGAUUAUUGCAUCGUAUGGUCAGAGAAAGAUAAAAAUACCGAGGAUGGAAUGAAAGAAGAUGAAAAAGGAACAGAUAAUGCAGAUUUCUCUGAUUACCCUAGUAAGCUUCAAAGAAGUCCAUCCGCUGGUAGUUUAGCACAACAAAAUACUGGCUGUGAGAGCGAUGUAAAUAAAAAGAAAGGAAAAAGCCCUAAAAAGAAAAAACAGAAUGGUAGUACUUCUUCAAGUGAUUCUUCUAGCGAAAGUGAUUCGAGCAGCUGUUCUUGUGGUACCAAUUGCAGUUGUAGUAGCUCAUCUUCUGGUAGUUCCUCAAGUUCUAGUAGUAGCUCUGACUCCGAUAGUUCAGCAUCGGAAAGUUCUCCUCGUAAAUCGUCGAAAAAUAAAGAACGUAAAAAGGAAAAAGAGGUCGUUGAACAAGAAGAACAAGGUAUUCCAGCAGAAACUGAAAAUAAAGAAGUAGUAGUCGAUGUAAUCGACGCACCAAUCGAACCGACUUCUCCUCCAAAACUAUUAUUGAGAGAAUCAGAUUUGGAAACAGAUGAAACUAUAACAGACGAGGACUUUUAUGACGAGCAUCCACAGCAGCUCGCUAAUAAAAUAAUGGCAGAAAAACGAAAUCAACUAUUAUUACUUGCAGAGGUUGCACCACCUUCGACUGAUUCGGUACUUCCUUUAAAUAAUGGUAUUACGGACGAAAGUUAUGUUACUCCUUCGCCAAAUCCAGCAUCGAGUGUCGAGGAUCAACAACUUCAACAAAGGAAAAAAGUAAAAACAAAAAAACGUAAACGAGGUGAGAGGGUUAAGCAACGAGUCGUUACUCCAAUGGUAGAAUCAUUGAAGCUUAACAUACCUAAAGUGUAUUACCAAAAGAAUUCGAACUUCUCCGUAAUGGGUCAUCAUCAACUUGGUAGAUCGACGCCGAAUCUUAUCACGAAUAAUAUUCAGACGACUGUAACGGCGGUCGAAUCUAAUUCUCAUGCAAAUCAGAAUAUCGGUGGUAGCGGCUCUGAGACGGAGAAUAAAAGGUCAUCAAAGAGAAAACGUAUACCAAAACGAUUUUACGGCGACUCCAGCGACGAGGAAACGGAAAAGCAACCGACAAUGAAAUGGAGAAAGGUUGUCGAACCACCGUCUUUCGUACCUGCGACGCAACCGAAACCUUUACAACAAAGAUUAUCUUUUGGUGGGAAGACCGUGGCUUAUAGAGCAAACGUCGCUGAGCCAGAACCUAUUGUGAACGUGACGGGUACGUCUGCGACAGAAUCCGAGGAACCAGCAGAUACUAGUAGCGAAUCUAGUGGUUCUGACGUUGACGCGUCAAUGCAUCAGCAACCGCAGGGUAACUCAGUUUCAGAGAGUACCACUUCGGUUCCAGAACGUUCUGUUAAUCUUUAUUGUUACUGUCAAUGUCCCUACGACGAGGUAUCCGAAAUGAUUGCUUGUGACGGCCGGGACUGUCGUAUUGAAUGGUUUCAUUUCGAGUGUGUUGGCAUUAUGAUACCCCCUAAGGGCAAGUGGUAUUGUCCAGACUGUAGGAAAAAACAUGGUAUUAUGCAAAAUAGUGAGGAAUGUUUCGAUUGAUAACAAUACGCGGUAUCUACUUCAUUGUCAGUCUUCUAAAGAUGUCAUGGAUAUUGUGAGUGGUCUUUUUAAAUCUUAAUACCGUGCUCACUUUAAAUAUUUAAGUUUAGAUGUACUCUUAUAGCGUUUACCCUUUUUUCUUCUUGGUAACAAACAAAAAAUGAAAACAAAAAAAAAUAAUAAUAUUAAUAUUAA